CUAUUACUCAUGUAACCAACAGAAGUACAUUUUAUGCUAUAACUCAAGGAAACUCAAGUAUUAAGUACAUCUCCAAGAAUGAAAACAGAUCGCUUUGUCAGCACACAAGCUGUUGCUAUGAGAUCUAUUCAAAAAGCAAUUAAGUAAUUUCGAGAUUCAUAUUAGAAAACAAGACUUGUCUUUUAUUCUUGGUUCCUUUAAUAAUUAUUAAGGGGGAUCACAACAAUAAAAUGAAAGCGUAAGUAACUUAAUGAUUUUUAGUUAUAACUGUUUUAAAUGGAAGAAAAAGAAGUACAUUUAAAAUUAGGAGAGCUCAGGAAAGAAUUUGACACUUACCAUACGACAUCUCUUUACAAGGAAAAGGAGAUAUCUCAAUUCAAAGUAGGAAAAGUAAUUAUACUUUAGGAUCAACUGUUAAAAUUGAAUUUGGAAGAAUCAGAGUUAAUAAAUAACACAUCAGAUUUAACAAAAGAAUUGGAAUGCUCAAAGACUGAUUAUGUGCAGGCCAAACAAAGAUUUGAGGAAAGCCAAAUGAGUGAAAAAUCCUACAAACACAUUAUAAAUAGAUUGAAGCAUGAUGUCCUAUGUUUUAGAAAGAAGUUAAAUGAAAUGGUUGACGUAUUUGAAAAGAAGAAAACUGAAGCCAAUUAAGCAAGUGCAAAAUAAUGGGAAUCAAUACAGCUAAAUCAGAUGACAAGAAAGUUGUGCGAUGAAAUGAUGAAUGUAUUUAUCGAUAGAGAUUUUAUUAAAAUAGAAUAUUGAAAUUGAAAAGAAUAAUAGACAAAGACAAAUAGCAUAAUACAACAAGCAAAUUAAGGCAUAAUUAAUAGCAAAAGAGAAAAGAGAUGAAAGAAUGAUUAAGUAAAGAGAAAUAGCUGAACAUGCCAGUAAUGAUAAGGAUGCAAGUGAAGUAACCGAAUAUAGAAAUAUUUUGUAUAGAAAAAGUGGAGAAAAUUGUUGCUAGCACAUAAAGUAGUUCAUUCCUUGUUGAAAAAUAAAAUGGAAAAAGAAAUGGAAAAAUUCUAAGUUGUAGAGACAGCAUUCUAGGAAAUUAAGACAGCCACAGGAAUAUCAGAAGCCUAGGAAAUAGUUUAAAAGUUUUUAACAAAAGAAUCUACAUAUGGUUCACUUUUGGGAACUAUUGCAGAGAAUGAAAAGAAAAUUGAUCAUUUGAAAAGGAAGAAAGAGAAUCUAAGGUACAAUUACUCUAAAUUUUAGAAAUAAAUUGUAGUAGUUAAAAGAUGAGGUAUAAAUUAUGGAGAUGAGUGCAAAACCUUCAAAGAAGGGAAUAGAUUCAGAAAUAUAUAAAUAAUUUUAUAGUAUUGAUGAUAGGGCAAAAAAGGCUGAAAUAAUGAAAUAGAAAUUGUAUUCUUGGAGUAUUAAGAUGCUUGGCAAAAUAGAAAAAGCAUCUAUGUAGUUUUUGGAUGAGAGAACAAAUUAUUAUCACAUUUAUCCAAGAGGCAAGGAUGUUGAAUUAUUUGAACAACUUCAAAAGUUGAUAUUUGAAGAUGUAGAACAAGCUAGGCCUGAAGUAAUUUAAAGUAUUAUAGAAUUAGGAAAUAUUACAAAUAAUUGGGGAAGUUAAUAGGUCCAAUAUUAGAAAUGAUACCUUAAAGGAGGAAUAUCUAAAAAAGAAUGUUAGAAUUAAAUAUAAAAAAUUAACUUAAAGAGAAGCUCUUAAAAGAACUAAAUCAAUGGAUUCUAAGGCUGAUUUAAGCAAUAGAAGUUUUAGUUAAUUUGGAUAAUCUAGUGAUUCAAGUGCAGAACAAUCAUAUUAUGAAUCGGAAUCAGAGGGGAAUACUAUAGAUGAAAAUAGUGAGAAGAACCAUUUUAAUUAUUUAAGGGAUGAGGCAAAAUAAGUUAAAAAAACAAAAAAGAAGGAUGAUGGUUCAGAUGGGAAGAAAUGAUAAAGGC